CUCUCACCUUCGGGAAUUUCGAAAAUUUCACUUUCGGAAUUCCCCUUCGCUAUGGAGGGAGACCCGGAAUUCAGCAGGGCGCCUCACGAAAUGGAGCCCAACUAGGUGGGACCAGGGUCGGAGACGGGCAUGGACACUAAGACCCCGCCGAUACCGCAGAAACAUCACGAGAGACCCCAACCGAAGAGACAGGAACGCGUCGAUGUGUCCUUGCCACCCCUGACGCCGAUACCCAAUCAUCGGCAGAGAUCGAAGACCCCGGGAACUACCUGGUCCCGUGGUCCACCCCCGGUUACCCGGCCCCUGGAUCAGGAACGCGAAAGACCGUACAGGGUUUUGCACAUCGGGGCCACACCUUUGAUGCACGCCUGCCAGCAGGCAGACAGAGCUAGAGUUUUGAGGCUGCUGAAGGAACAACGGGAGACCAUCGGAUAUAGAGAUCGCACCCUGAGGAGUGCUCUGCAUUACUGCAUGGACGCGGGUACAGGGGGUGCCGUGGCGGCUGCGGCCCCGGAACUCGUCAACGCCCCUGAUGCCGAGGGGCACACGCCUCUUCAUCUCGCCGUCAUUGCUGGCGACACCCAACUGGUGGCGGUUCUUCUCGCCAACGGAGCAGACGUCAACGCCAAGGACCUCGAGGGUCACAGCGUACUGCACUGGGCCACAGUUUGCGGGGAAGCCGAGUGCGUCCGAUUGAUCCUAGCAUCGGGAGCUCGUCCAUCAACUCCUGAUUUACGAGGCGGUUCACCACUUCACUAUGCAGCCCAGUGUUGCGGAGCAGCUGCAACUGCCGAAUUGUCAGUUCCACGAAAAGUCGGUUUAAAGGUUUUGCAGACUCUGCUGGAGUUUGGAGCGGAUGUGAAUGCGAAAGACGAGGAUGGUCGUCAACCUAUCCUUUGGGCAGCCAGUGCCGGUAGCGCGGAGGCUGUGCUCGCUCUGGCCAGGGCUGGAGGUGCAGCCGCUGUUGGUGCUUCCGACAAAGAUGGCUUGACGGCUCUGCAUUGUGCAGCUUCCAGGGGCCAUGCAAGAUGCAUCGAAGCUCUAGUUAACUUCUGCGGAUCUCAACCUGAUCACGUAGAUGACAACGGAUGCUCGGCGCUGCACUAUGCUGCCACUUUGGGCCAUGCAGAUGCAACGGCCUUGCUUUUGAAAUUAGGCGCUGACCCUAAUCGGCAGGAUCGAAAGGGUAGAACACCAGCGCUAUGUGCAGCCGCGAAAGGACAAUUGGAGACCCUGAAAAUCCUUGCCCAACAUGGGGGAUCUUUACACGCAAGAACAGUGCGUGGUACAGGAGUUGCCCAUGAGGCUGUGGCAUCAGGGAGAAUAGAGUUAGUUAAAUGGUUGGCCAAAAAGCGUCCUGGUAUCCUGGACGUAGCGACUCAUGACGGCAGGACCCCUCUUCACGUAGCUGCUCUUCAUGGUUAUUUGGACAUGUGUAAAGUGCUGCUAGAUCACGGUGCCAGGAUCAACGCAGUCUUAAGGACUAGCAAAGGAGUCUUUAUGACGGCUUUGGAUGCCGCUCUGUUCAGAGGGCAUCGGGACUGUGCUAAAUUGAUACAAAUGCAUGGUGGUAGCACUGCUCAGCACCUACGAACACAGAAAACGGCGCCUAGUAAAGUUUUUGCGGCGAAAUUGCACAUGAAGAGAGUUGAGAGCAGCUCCGAGAGCGAAGGUAGUCCUAAGCAACAUCGUCGAGGUCUAGCUGAACCCGAGCUCUACUACGAGGAGAGAUGGAUUGAAAGAAGGAUCAGAAAGAGAGGAAGUACCAGAAAAGUAGCUAGAAGAGAUAGUAAAAGUUUUAGCGAAGAAGAAAUAAGACUGUCAAAAACCUCAAAAAGGAACCACGAAAGAAGAACUCGGAGCGAAUCCGCGCGGUACGAAAGCGGCGACGACAGCGAAGAAAAACCUAGACGAAGGAAAAGUAAAAAGAGGUCUACGAAAAGGAAGCACGAAUACAGUGAAUUUUCGAGUCCUUCGGAUGAUCAGAGAGACCAAAAUCGAGAGAAAAGAGGAAGCGAAAAAGAUGGAAAAGUAUCGAGUAGUGAUAUGAAAAAGGACGUUGAUGGAAAAGACGAGGAUGCGAUUGACAGUUUAAGCGAUGACAGCCUCGAGGUUGUCGUCGUUAAAAAAUCCUCUGAGAAGACUGAAAAAAUGGUUGCAGGGACGAAAUCGAAAACACCGAGGGGAAGCUUGAAAGAAGCAAGGAAAAGUUGUCGACGAGGAAAAUCGACGAAAAGAAAAGGAUCGAUCGAAGGAUCGGAUGAUGAUCUCAAGACUGAAGCGCCAGAUCUGGGGAAGAAAUCGAGUGGUCUUAACUCCAAAAUUCGAGAUGCGACAAGUAUGAAAGACAGGUUUCGGUACCAAAAGGACGUCACGGAUAGUACCAGUCAAGAGACUGUGGAAAGAGUGACGGUGACUGCCAUGGUUCACAGAGACCAGGCUCCUGACAGUCCAUCUUUGACAGCUAAGAGGUCCGUGGAAGAAAAUCAGACGCAAGCCCACGAAGAAGUAACACAUAAAACUGAAACGCCGACUAGACAAGAAGGAACGACACCAACGUCAGGAAGAACAUCGUUAUCGGAAAAAAUGCGAACACCUACGACUUCCAAUAAGAUUGAUGAAAUCCUUGAAAAGGCCGACGAGAUGCAUAAAGCUUUGAUAACGAAGGCGGCAGAUCUUAAGAAAGAAUUUGACGGUAAACGUAAUCGCACGAGUGACGGCUCCGGGGAGGAAGAAAAGGUUGACAAGGAAGAUGACCGGACCAAAAGUAGAGAAAUUGACAGUCUUGAAGAAUCCGAGUCGGAAAGUACUUCCGAGGAUUCGCAAAUGGGAUAUUCAAGAUUACACAGUAGAACAGACGAGCGUUCCAGCGAGAAAACCGAACAAGAUUCAUUGAAAGAAGCGACAGACAAAGACAGUAUAAAAACAUCGAAGGAAGAUGAAGGGCAGAAAAGUGAAACACCUCACUCAGAGUCGACUGAAGCUGAACAGCCAUCAAAAGAACAUAAACAAGAGAUACAGAGAGAAGGGGUUGAUACUCCACGAACUGCAGUAGAAGACGUUGUACCAUCGGAUCCUGAAGAAGAAGUAAAAGAAGAAGCAAAGAGUGUAAAGGUCAGAACGAUUUCUUUCGAAGACGAAAAGGAAAAAUCAGAAUUACGUACAAAAGAGAUCUUAGGGACGUCUCCUGACAACUCAUCCCCGAAAAUUCUUGACGAAGAUACGAAAGAUGAAUCAAAAAGUAUAGGCAAAUCAAAAGAUAAAGAGGAAUCCGUUGCUUCCGCCAGAACAUCGAAAGCAUCCGGAGCGAAGAUUGAAAUUGAAUCUAAAGAACCUGAGGGAGGCAAAAUUGGCAGUAAAAUGGAAAAAACCGAAGAUCUUAAAGAAAUUAAAAAAUCCGCCCUGAAAACUGAAUCCGACACUAGAAAAAAUGGUAAAGAAAUUCCAGAAGAAAGUAAAUCAAUACCAGGCACCGAAAACUUUCCAUAUAUAGACGAAAGUAUCCCAAGCUCGCCGAAAUCUGCAAAACCGAGUGGACGUGCGAGACCAACUACUGGAAAACACAAAACUGCCGGAAAAUCGUCUUUAAAGGCUCACAAAAUUGAUCGUUCCCCGGAUCGAAAAGCUAUCGUGGCGGUCAUUGAUAGCCCGGAAUGGGAGGACGACGAUGACGAAGUUAGCAAGGAAAUACAGAAAGUCAUCGACGAAGACGUCGAACGUGAUUCAGAACCCGAAGAUAAUGAAAUGGGAAUAAUAAGAGUAUUGCCAAGCACUAGUGAAGAGGAAACACCUCGCACAGGAGUCGAAUUCUCCAGGACUUCCGGAAUAGAAUCUCUCCCUCAGGUACAUGCAAGACCACGGGCUAGACUGCUUGGUGCCCAAAGUCCUCGUAACGAUCGCCAUAGAAUAAGAGGAAAACAACGAAGAGACAGUGGUGGCAGAGAUAGCGGAAUCGAGCCAAGUCCAAGAAUCUCCAGGAUACCAAGGAGAACUCCUAAAUGUUGCCCUAUCACGGAAAGACAGCAAGCUCUGAACAUGGAUAAUGUCACUAGGGACGUGCAAGUUAGUCUAAGACGCUAUCAUCUAGAAAGGAAGAUCUUCUUUCAGCUGAUGGAGCUGAAGAGACUGCAAAUUCGCCACGGCAGGGCCAAUGAACAAGUUCUGGUGAAAAGACAGGUAGACGUUUUCCAUAAAGCCGGUACAGCCGGUCCCAUGUUGGGUGUCACCAAGUACGACCAACCGUACACCUUCCGACACUUCGAAACCUUUUUAUAUGAACAAUUAAGACGUCUUCAGCGACGACCAGCGACCCCUGACUGGUGCACCGAGGCCAAACAAUGCACUCAAAAGACUCAUCGGUGCCAUCAUGCUACCAGUGCUUAUACGGCAGUACCAGUCUAUACCUACCGUAGGUUGUCAGAAUCUUUUCGUAUUAUAAUUGCAGUUGGUGGAGGCGCCCCAGAACGAGCAGGUCGUCUUCCGAAGAUAGAGAGUCGGGGUCGGGGGCAAAUGACGGUCGAGGUAACACACGGUGAAGAAAAACAGGUGAUCGCACUUCCUGCCGAGAGGCUGGACCGGACCAAGCGAUAUUUCGUGACAUUCACAGUUCGAGGCGAAGCUCAAGAUUCCGACAAGCCCAAAUCCACUUUCGACGCACAAAGAAACGCAAAGAGUGUCUAGAAACUAUCCUUUUAAGGAUAGUUUCACCUGUGGUUUUGUAUCACGUAAUCAAACCCGAAAUUAAAAACACGAUACCAAAUGUGUCUUCAAGAAAGGAAGUAAAAAGUCGUAUAAAAAGUUAGGAUAUAUCUUGUUUCCGCACAACGGAUCGCUCUGCUCCCUGAGGAACUAAAACUGCCGAUUAAAGAAAUUCGAUAAAAAAAAAAAAGAGAAAAACCAAAGUGCGCCUUUGUAAGUCGUUCGCCAUUCGCUGUAACCCACGACUGCGUUACCUUAAAAGCGGCAGAAGGAAUAACGAAACGCGUGAACGGAGUCGAUGCCCUUGCAGCAAUGUAAGACUCGACAAUUGCCGAGGAACCACUAGUUAGCUAAGUAAUUGUGAUAUAUACGUGUAUGUACAUCCCCGUCGCUUAGUAACCUUGAACCGAAUCCGAGCACGCGUCAUUGCGACCGCCACCGAAAGCCUUGCAGUGUAAAAAGAAGCGUCGCAAAUGCACGUGCAAUGGAGGGUUCGCCGAUGUAACUCCGUAAUAAAGAAACAAUCGAUAAA